AUGUCAGAUACUAUUGUCAUUGUCUUUCAGAAUGAUGUCAAGGAGAAUGAUGGAAGCUUAUUUGGUGAACCUGGUCAAACUACCCCUGAGAAGAAGGAUGGUGUGAAGUGGCAGAAGCCUCGCUUGACCCCCAAGACUCUGAUGAAAUGUUGUCUAGAAUGGAUAUUGUCCAGUACAUCAACACAAGCUCCAGAUAGCAGUGACAGUGAGCUGGAGCUAUCAACAGUACGUCACCAGCCAGAGGGACUGGAGCAGCUUCAAGCUGUCACCAAAUUCACAAAAAAGGAGCUUCAAUCUUUAUACAGAGGAUUUAAAAAUGAGUGUCCUAGUGGUUUGGUGGAUGAAGAAACCUUUAAGCUGAUCUACUCACAGUUCUUCCCUCAAGGAGAUGCCACCAUGUAUGCACACUUUCUGUUUAAUGCCUUUGACUUGGAAAGAACUGGUGCCAUUCGGUUUGAGGAUUUUGUGGUCGGGCUGUCUAUUCUACUACGAGGGACUGUCCAUGAAAAAUUAAAAUGGGCUUUUAACCUGUAUGAUAUAAAUAAGGAUGGAUACAUUACCAAGGAGGAGAUGCUGGCAAUAAUGAAAUCCAUCUAUGACAUGAUGGGACGUUACACAUACCCCAUGCUACGAGAUGACGCCCCAAACGAGCAUGUGGAGAGGUUCUUCCAGAAGAUGGACCGAAAUCAUGAUGGAGUAGUAACCAUCGAUGAAUUUUUGGAGACUUGUCAAAAGGAUGAGAACAUUAUGAAGUCCAUGCAGCUCUUUGAAAAUGUGAUCUAGAAGAAGAUAUUGCAUUCCACCCAUGCCAGCACUAGCAAGGACCCAUCCGAAAGAGUAUGCCCGAGACUGGAUCACAUCCACCGCCCUCCUUCCUCCACCAACAGUCCAUGGAUGGUGUAAUCUCUCUCCCAGGGAACAGACAAUCCUACUUACUGCCUGCCUGUUUGCACUGAUCCCUUCCUAUUCCUCACCAUAACAAACUCACCUUUCUAAGGACUGUUUUGUAUUAUUACUGAAAAAAGCACAUUUAUCUCUGCAAGAGCCAGGAUUCUUAAAUCAGGGAUUUUUACAGAAAGCCACUCUUGCCUGUAUCAGAUGUGGGAACAAACGAAUCAAUUCCCCCACCCCCCACAGAAACCAAGAGAUAUGUUUGAUGGUUUGAAAAACAAUACAGUUAAUUAUAUGCAGAUAUCUGCGUUAUGUGCUUCCUGAAAACCUGCCAAAUCCACUCAACACCUCAGCGCUAUGUUAGCUGAAAGUAAUAUGAUGGCCUCUUUCUCUGCCGGUUGGUGGCACUGGAAGAGUUUUCACCAGGUACAGAUAUCAUGGUUGUUAUAUUUAAGCCUUCCAUUAUGUUUUUCUUCUAAUUACAAGUAUUUGA